CUGCUAUGGAGGAUUUGUUGGUUUGGGAUUGAGGGACGUUGUCAACGGAUCAGAGGAAGGUUAAUCGUCUGAAAGAGUUACUGUUAAUGGCGAUUAAAUGUUAGUUAUAUUUAUGAGGGUUCUGAACAGGUAAAAUAAUAUUGGUUUUAUUUUCUGCAUUAUAAAUUGUAAACUUUCAUUUCUUUUUAAGUUGAUACCAUUAAGUAGCCAUCACGACGAAGUUCAAUAUGUUAAAUUCGACCUGAAAGGACAAUAUAUGAUUUCAACAGGUCGUGAUCGAACCCUACGUGUUUGGUCGUAA